CUAAUUAAGCGCCGACAAUUAAAGUCCAUCUUAUUUAACUCGGCACAAUAAGGCUAAACAGUCAGUUUAAAAAAUGUCUUUUCCCGUGUACGGCAGGGUUGCCUGUUUUAGACAUGGCCUGUUCCUUGUUACCUUCGUCUACCUUUUGUCGGUCGCCACAUCAGAUUCGAACUGUGGGUCUCGAGCCGCCGCCCACGCCUGCCUGGCCACAGCACGUGACAAUGUGACGGCCAUCUUGGAGGGCAGGGACUUGACCCUAUCACCUUUAGCCCAGCACAGUUCUGUAUGUCUCACCUACUACAACUUCGUCAGCUGUGUCGGUCCUAACCUCGACGGUUGCGGCCCCUUGCAGGUCGCACCUUACGUCAUUUUUGGAAAGUUUUUAAAGAACUUUUGCUCACCAUCAGGAUUUCGAGAUUUCCUGAGGUUCUCCCCGUGCCUGAGGGACAUCCAGCACAACACCUCACCCUGCUCCAUCAGCUUGUCCACACAGCCCAGGAUCACAGGGGGGUGCCAAGUCUCUAUCAACUACAAGAGCUGCCUAGUCUACAGCCCACUCAGACUGUGCUCUGUUCAAGACGGCACCAUCUUCAAGUACGACGUCCCGGGGGAAUGUGUCCUCUACAACACCCUCACCACCACAACCACCACCACCACCGCCGCACCGGCACCCGCUCCCCCCAGCACGCCGCCCUACACCUGCUACGAGUGCAGCAGCGGGGCGGCCGGGGACUGGCAGAACACAGCGUGCCCUGCUAACGGAAAUGUCACCGGCUGGGCUCGGGGCCAGGUCAUAAAGUGUAACGGCCCGUGUAUGACGUCAGUCAGACGCCAUCCUCUUGGAGAAGUGGUCCGAGGGUGCUCCAGCGGUUACUACUGGGGGGUGGCCGUACCCCGGCGUGGCUGCCUGACCCACAGGGAUGACGUCAUCUGCUUCUGCUCAGGUGACCGAUGCAACGACCGCGACAUGACCGUGGAGCAGCAGAAGCUGUUGCAGAUGCACGGGAAGUGACGUCACUUACAGUUUCAAAUACACAAGACGUUUCGCCACUUGUACCAGCACAAGAAUUAAUGUCAUGCGUAUGGGCUCAAAAAAAAGUAGUCACAUACAAAUGACAUACAAAACCUGAAGAAUUUAUAUAUUGUAUAUGUUUUAUGUGGAAUAAUAUCUAAAUUAU